UAACGUAAAAGUAAAGGCAGUAAAAUGUCCUCGGAUGACGACAAUAAUUCGUUAAACUCAUCAGCCAAAUCGGAUGCAAGACUUAACGAACCGUUAAAUGGCGCAUCGAUGCCGGCGCUGAAUUCGUCGGCGGCCAAUACAAAUGCGGUUAAUGGAAGUGGUGGUGGCGGAAGUGGAACUUCCUCUCAAUUGGUGAGACGUAAAAAAGUCAUGCCGCUGGAGCAUGGCUGCGAGGACAAUUGGACGUGGAGUAAACGGCAUCGUUCGAAAGAAAUAGUGCUGAGUGGUCCCAAUAAUCGCACAGUGCAUUUUCAUCCAAAUUGGAGUAAAGGAACGGCGGGUGUACAAGGCAAACGCCCGCUGAAUAAUGGCCGCUUCUAUUGGGAAUUGCAUGUGUCGCAGCGUGUCUUCGGCACCAGUAUUAUGUUUGGUAUCGGCACAAAGCAAGCACGACUUCACGCCAACUCCUUUCGGAAUAUGCUCGGUGAGAACGAGCAUGGCUGGGGUCUAUCGCACAAGGGUGUGCUUUGGCACAAAGGUGUAGCGCUGCUGUACACUAAACGUUUCAAAGAAAAUCACCCCACAGUUAUAGGCGUGCUCUUCGAUGGCAUCGAGGGUACGCUCAGCUAUUACAAAGAUGGCAAAUGUUUGGGUGUAGCUUUUAGGGGUUUAGAUAAGAUAAAGGAACCGCUAUAUCCGAUUGUCUGUUCGACUGCGGCGAAAACUGAAAUGACUCUGAAAUGUACGCGGCGGGAUUUUGUAAAUCUGCAAGAUCGUUGUCGAGCCGAAAUUAUUAAGCACGUCAAGACGAGAGAGGAUUUGGUAAAAUUGAAAUUGCCGCCACUCAUUACGCAAUAUUUGAGCGAAGUGGUGAACGAUGUGGCGCCACUGCGCCAAGUGGACAACUAUGACAUUUUAUGCGAUUUUUAAAUUGUAACAGCUGACACUGUGUAAGUGGAAUUUGGAGUAAUACUAAAAGAACGGUGGUACUAACAUGGGUAUAUGAGUGUGUGUGUGUGUGUAUUUAUACAAAUUGAAUUUUGUAAAUAUAGUUUAUAAUUAUAUAUGCGUCCUUGUUUGCUGGAACAUUUGAACUAAUUUUUAAAACUGCUUCAAAUCACUCCUAUCAGCAUAUGAGCAAUCCGCGAUGUAAUUAAUUUGGUAUAAAAUACAUGAGAACAAGGUAGUAAGCUUAUUGACAAGAAUGUCAAAUUCACGCAACGCAAUUCGGUACACCAUCUUUUCAUAAUUAAAAUAAUCGUCAAUAUUAAUUGAUAAUAAUUGAUAAUAAUUAAUCUUGUUAAUGAGAAAACUAAAAAACGUAAACAUUAGAGAUUCUUAUGCUCUUUAAAUAGUACCAUAUUGAGCCCUGUAACGUUCAGCCACUUGUACAGCCUGGCCUCACCUAAAUGGUUAUUGACAAAUUGGCGUUUAAAAUCGCUUUUCUACUUUGAAGCACAAAAGCUCAACGCGGAGAAGCGUAAAUAGAAUGUCAAUGCAUAUUUUGAGGCGCAAUCAGUAUUUUUACUAAAUUGUUAAAAUUAUUUCGAUGAUUAAAAUUUGAGUUAAACUUUAAUUUUAAUUAAUUUCUGAAGCGAAAUAUUGUUUAAAACAAGUGAGUAAUAAGAGUUCUGAACAAAUGUAUUAUAAAUCUUAGUGCAUAAUUUAAUAAACCGUGAAGUCCGCCGUGCCAUAUAUUAUGCAAGAUAUAGACUAUAUGCACUUGUAUAUAAACAAAUCUGUCUAUCUGCAUUUGCUUCGAUUAUAUGGUAAAUUCGCUACUAAGGCACACACAUACAAAUAAGCAGGAAAUUGUCGCAUAAACUUUUUCAUUGAAGUUUGUGUACUGUAAAGUCAACAAAUUGUAUACAAACUUGUGCAUGAACAUACAUACAUAUAUAGUAUUUGAAGCUUAUAACUACAUAAAAGCUAGUCACUACAAAUAAUUAUUAGAUGUAAACAAAAACAAUAAUUAGACUUGCAUUUAUUAAAAAAAAAAUAAAACUUAGAAAAACUUGAAUGCAAGCGCAGGAAAUUGAAUAGGCGUAAACUAAGGCAUGAAGAAAUGAAUGAUGACCAAUACAAGUUUGACAAAAACAUAAAAAA